AUGGUCAUUGUCGGAGAAGACGCAAUUCUGAAGAUAGGACUUAAACAACAAUCCGAUGUGCUUGGAAAAUGGUAUUAUCCAGUGCAAUGUACCUCGGAUAACGCUGACCGUUUGGUCGACGUGUGUGAACACACGAACCUCAUAAUAGCUUCCACGUUUAACAACGAUCAUCGACGCCAUCAGCUUACGUGGCAAGGGUCAACCUCUUUGAUGCCUGAAAAGCAGCGCACAAGGAAGACGGGAACUCUCAAACACCUGUUCAUUUAUGUCUAUUCAUGUUCACUACGGACCAGGAAGAAGCUUAGAGAUGCGGAUUCCUUCAAAGCAGAAUCCACAUGCAACUCUGUUUUCACUGGCAGGGGAGUCAUCAAAGUUUGCCUGUGGUAUUCAAAGUCUGUGCGAUUGGCCUUUCUGAACUUUAAAGCUGCUUUCGACUCUCGUCAUCGAGGCCUUCUCAACGCGCUUCGCACUGAUGGAGUACCAAGAAGGUCCGUUGGCCUACUUGAUGACAUGAAUCAACGUGCAACCUUUCGAAUACCAAACGGAUGUACAAAACCCUUUGAAGUGGUAAGUGGAGUAAGACAAGGGACAGUCGCAAGAGACUUCCCGUUCGACUUACCCAUUGAUGACGUCAUGCGAGGAACAGUCGAACAGUGUUCUGCUGACAUCAUGCUGCCACCUGAUCGACGUCCAGUACACCGACGAUGUUAUAUUAGCGAGCGCGAAGAUUCAAUAUGUUGUCAAUACGUUGUGACCUUGUGA